ACUCAGUACGUCACCAACUCUCGUGGAGGUACGAGUUGAUUUUUGUGUCGUGUUUCGUAGUGAUGCUCUUCGACUGAUAUUCUUGAAAUUAUCAUUAUUCAAAAAUAUUUUACGAGAUAACAAAAAUAUUUGAAUUAUGGUGGCACAGGCAUUAUUCAUGGUCAACCAACCUUCUCAUGCAGCUGCAGCUACGGCUUCUGCGCAUCCAUGUACUGGCUUCCUGAACCACCAGAAAGCCUUGCAGUACCCAUUACUAACAUCAGCUCAGCACCUGUCUGAGGACAAUCCUGCUUCUGUUUCUGCUGCUUCAACAACCAGUACCCAGUUGAUCGGGAUAUGUCAAAGUUACAAUGGAGAGCAUGGAUACAUGCCACAACAGCUGUCAUCCCAGGAACUGCCUGAGGAUAAAGAUGAGAACCAGGAUCCAAGUGAUGAGAAUGCAGAUAUUUUGGACAUCUCCUGUAGUGGUGAACAACAAAGUUUUGCCAACUUAGCCUUCCAGAAUGAUUCUGAUGAUACUAGUGAUGGAGAAUUAAUCAUUGUAGAUGAAGGUGAUAAUUUAAAAGCCACAGGUGAUAACUCAGCUUUUGAUGUAGAAACACCCACUGCAGCUGCAGAUAAUGAACAAGAUGCUCUUCUAGGCAUUCGUCGCAGGAAUGGUACUCGUAGUGAGGCCCAGCAGAAGAUGGAGGAUGGUAAGCAUUGGCUUCUUAACAAUCUGAUGUUCAUUAACACUGUAUCAAGUGUGAUAUCAUUGAACUCUGUUGAUGAAGCUUACAAAGCAUACUGCAAGGAAACUGGUAAAGAACCUUUAACAACCCCAGUACUUGCACGUCUUAUAAGAUGUUUAUUCCCGAAGGCCCUGAAGUGCCGUCUAGGAUCUCGUGGUAGUCAGAAAAUUCACUACCGAAGCUUACAGUUGAAGACAAUUUUAACAGCACUUUCAAAGCCUUCUGAUCACAUGCCAGAGACCCUUAAAAACUUAAGUGGCAUUAAUGGAACUGCUUCAGCUAGUAAAUCUGCAAAUGCUGACUGUGUGGAUAUUGCAGAUGAGAAGAUAUCAAACAUGCCAGAGCAAAUGGAGGCUCAAGCUAAGGAUUCCAGUGAGCAGAAGAAGAAUCUGAGUGACCCAGGUGAUUCCACUGAAAGUGUUGCUAGGCAGCAACCUAAAGUGAAUAUGUCUGCCAUAGAUGACAAACAAGUUGACAGUAAGUCUGUUGUAGAUGACAAAGAAAUUGACAGGAAACCACAUGUAGAUGAUAAAGAAGUUGACAACCAGUCUGCUGCAGAAGCUGACAGACUAGAUCAAGUUAUUUCUGAAUCAUCUACUCAGAGGAAUUUAGCAGCACAGAUUUCAGCUGAUGAUAAGGAAGGCUGUGAAACUGCUGCCCAAAGACUCUCACAAGUACUGAAGUGGAUUUCAAACCAAGGUCGCAAGGAUUUUCUGCUGCGUGAAUUUGCUCAUAGUGCAUCAUGCCAAGCAACAUCAUGCACACCUGUGUGCCUAAUGUUUCGUCGUGUUCGUCGUCAUGUUGUAGCUGCCCGCCAUUCGUGCUUUGUGUUGCGCUUAUAUUCAGGCCUCUUGCGCAUGCAUGUUUCUUCGUGUAAUAAUUCUGAAUGUGGUCUGCCUGCUUGUCCUGCACUGAGAGCCACCAAAGCUAUCAAACGUUCUCUUGGACAGCAAGAGAGUUCAUCAAAGCGAACUGCUGUGCAGAUUUCAAGUGGCAUAAGGCACCCUUCAACGUUAGCAUUAACUCCUCGAUCUCCGGAAACAUCGUUACCAGGAUCGCCAGUAAACUCUCCUCCAGUAAGUCCUGAGCCUAUCACAUUUAGAGAUUCAUUAUGGCCAACACAGCCAGGCCAGGUACAGUAUGUGAUUGUACCUGUUAUGCCAGUCAUGAUGCCUUUCUCAGACAACCGUGGAGCCUGAUCAUGUCAUCUGCAUUCCGAGAGGUUAUUUGGGUUAAUUACGUAUUACGAUUUUUAUAAUUCACUGAGAUUUGUUAAAAAGAAGAUGCUACACGUAAUUAAAAAGAUUAAAACAUUGAAACUUAAGUAAACCAUCUAUUUGAUUUGAAAUAUGCUUUUGUAAUACAGUAGGACCCCCAUAUCCGUAGGGGUUAUGUUCCAAGGACCUGCUGCAGAUACCGAAACAGCGGAUAUUAGCGAACCCUGUAUAUAAGUCAUUUUUCAUUGACAUAUACCUGUUAUAAUGUUUAAUUGAUAAAUUAUAUGCAGUAACUCAAGAAUUAGUACUUUUUAACUGAUAAGAAACAAUUCAUAGCUUCUCUUUGAACUUUGAGGUCAUUAUUAAGCAAAAUUAAGGGUUAACUGAAACAGCGGAUACCGCACUUGCGGAUAUGGGGGUCCUACUGUAGUAUCCAAAUGUGCUCUUUUAUUUUCUUCUUAUAUAAGUGUAUUGCUAUUACACUAAAGUAAAUUCCAAAUCAAAUAGUCAUUAUAUUUGAUUUGGAAUUUACUUUAGUAAUAAUACCAGUAUCCACAUGUGUUUUGAAGAAGUAUGUUUUCAGUUGUAAAAAUUUGCUUAACCCUAAACUGUCCAAACGUAGAUCUACGUUUUUUCCUUUCUUAUGGAGAAAAUCAAGGUUGGAGUACUACGUGCGCAAUCGUAGACCUACGUUUGGACAGGUUAAGGGUGGAAUGUAACUGUAGAGAUUUUGUUAUUUAUCACAAAAACAUUUUGGAAAUACAGUAGAAUGCAAAAAACCCAGGUUGCUCUUUUAAAGCAUAAAUUAUUAUUAUUAUAAUCAUAACUAAGUGCUAAACCCAUUAAAGCAUGAAUACAGUAUUCAGUGUCUUUUCAGUCAUUGCUGUAGUAGAUGCCUACUAAAAAAUUAAAAUUUUAUAAUACUGCAUAAACACUAAUCUUAGUGUAUCAGAGCAUCUGAGCUGUGAAGUUCAGUGUUUGGUUAAAAAGAGGAAGAUGUACUGUUUUUCUUCUUUGUAGCAUUUAACUGGGACAUAAACAAGGUUUUGCAGUUUUUAUUAUACUUUUUAUGUCUUAUUGGCAGAGUUUGCUGAAACUUUUAUCAGUGCCAUGCAUUACUGCAGAUUUUUUUUUUUUUUUUUUUUUUUAAAGAAUCUAAAAAUUUCCUUAAAAAAUACUAUGCCAUUACCUAAUUUUAACCCUUAAACUGUCCAAACGUAGAUCUACGUCUACACGCGUAGCGCUCCGACCUUGAUUUUCUCCACAGGAAACAAUGUAAAAAAAAAUAGAUCUACGUUUGGAGUGCUACGCGAGCAAACGUGCAUCUACGUUUGGACAGUUUAAGGGUUAAAUUUCAAGGUUUCAGGAAGAAAAUUAUGAAAAAAAAUUAUAAAAUAUUACAGUUAUCUUAAUGUCUCCUGCAGUCACAAAUAGACAUUAUAGUGAGUUACUCAUACAAUUGUCAUAGUGUGCUGCACGAUGUGUACAGUUUUAUUUUGCUUUACAUUAUCAUAGGAUCUUCAUUUUACAUUACGUUUACAUUAUCAUAGGAGCUACAGUGAUAUUGAAGUUGUAUUUCAUAAUUAAAUAAUGGUUUGUUUGAUAAGUAAUAAUAUUUUUAUUUUAACAGCAAAUAUAUGGAUUAUUUGUUAUAAUAUACUUAUUUUAUUUUUUCAUAAAAUCACAGUUGUGAUAUUAAGAGUAAGGUUAAUAUACUACGUGAGAGUCAUAUUAGCCUCACAGAUGUUUUAAUAAUUUAUUUUUGCUGCCUGAGCUUUGGACAGAGCAGAUAUUGUUUCAUUGGCUGUCCAUAAUUGUUUUUUGUUUCAGAGCUUUGACUUGGCACUCUUAAGAGUUUGAGAUGAAGAUUCACGUAUGUUAAUUCCUGUUGACAAGAAAGUCAACAUAGCUGGGGUUGAAUUACAGAUAAAUAAUUGAUUGUGUCUGAGAGAUAAGUUGCUGCCCAUUUUACAUAAAAAAAUACCAUCUUUCUAGCAUGGGCCAAACAUUUAGUAUGUUCUUCAUUGGAAGAGAGUAUCAGUGAUACAGAAGGUCGCAGAGACUUGUGACCGAAUGUUGAGCUGGGUACAUCAGGUUCUUUUGUGAGCAAUUCUUCUGGAAGAUUAGUACAUUUAUCUAAGUACCGUAAUGUAUUAUACUUCGGUUCAUGUUUGAAAUACGUAUGUUCAUGGGGAUGGAAGAGGAAAAGUUAAGAAAAGAUAUUUUAUCUCCCACAAAGUAGUACAGGUCCACAUCCCUUUAUCAGAAACCCUUGGGGUCAGUAGUGUUUCAGAUUUCAGAAUUUUUCGAAUUUCAGAACGAAGGUGGGGUCUAGGGCAGCAUCCCUUAAUCAAACAUUAACACUGCAGCAAAAAUGUAUGAAUACUCACAUUAAGUGGGAUAAAUAAAGACUACAAAUGCUACUAUGGUUUAUUUAUAGAGUAAUAUAUUGAUUAAUGAAUUUUUUUUUUUUUUUUUUUUUUUUUUUUCAACAAGUCGGUCGUCUCCCACCGAGGCAGGGAAAUAAUGGGAUAAUUAUAGACACAAUCACAAUGUAAAAAGCAAAAACAAAAUAUCAGCGAACAGCAGAUGUACGUUUGAACACUACAAGCGCUGAUACACAACUGACACCUGCCACUCUGGCUGUUGGUGUUGGGUCAUGCUGCUACAUGGUGGCAUUGGAGUUAUGUUGAGAUGACUGACGCUCCACGCUCCACGAAAAAACUUCGGUUUUCGGAACUUUUCGAAUUUCAGAAUUUUGGAAAAAGGGAUAUGGACUUGUACAUAGUAUUGAAAUAGGCACCUUGCAGGACAUCCAAAUUUGAGCACCAUGGAUAGCAGUUUUCAUUUAUGUGAUGAAUGGUUUAGAAAACCGACACAACUCUCACUAUGUACAUUUCCCAGAUUACAAAACCUAGGCAAACCAGUUCUAUUCCUGUGAAAAAUCCAUUGUCACUGAUUGCUUGAGUAGAAUGGCACUGUUGUUGCCUGUUCCUGCAGUUUCCUCUUAUUGAUAAUCUACCCGAUAUUGCCAGAGGCUCAGGAAUAAAUGAUUCGUGGUUUGGAUACACUAACUGAGAUGGAUUUUGAAGUAGCUUAUGUACAGGCUAAUUGAUUAUGCUCUUUAGGGUGAUCAUCCUUUCAUUUAUUUACUGUGCAGGCAGAGGAACUUGUAUUCGGGGUCAUACACAAGACAUGUCUGUUUCUUGAGCUAUAGUCCCAGGGUUUGUGGAUGAUAAAAUUUUUGGCUUUGCGACAGGGAUGCUUUGCUUUGUUUACCUUGUUUUCCCUACAGUAUGGCAACCUGGCAAUCUAUAUAUGCAUUGGGGGAUGGUUGUGACUGUGUGUUCACAUCACUUUUUUCCUGUGUAGACAAUCCUAUGAUUUUGACUGUACCUAAGCAAUUAUUUUGAUGCUGUGGCAGAGGAGACUGUCCAUGUUAUUUGUAUGGCAAUAAAUAUCUGAAUACAUCCAUUGAUAUCCAUGUUGUAUGGUCAAGGUGACUAAGAUGAGGAUAUAUUUCCAGUGAAUCAUUGCAAAGCUAGUGGUUGUGAAUACAUCUGAAUCUUUGCAGUCUAGUUAUUCUUAUGAUUUUUCAGGCUGAAUGAGUAGCAAAUUCUUUGUUGGUCUAUGAUAAUGUUGCUGGCCUGUCAGAAAGACCUUUGACCUAUUAAUCUUAGUAUGUAUCAGCAAACAUAUUGUGUUUAUGCAUUUACUGUGUCCGGUGUCUACCCAUUAACAUUAGAGGUGUUAAAAGAGAUUCAGGUGGUUGUUAUAUUUUAUUUGAGGAAAGAAAUACGUAUAUAGUAUAUAUAUGUGGCAUUUCUUGCUCUAUUGUGAUGGUUCUUGGGGUGGUAAUGUGUAUACUUUCUGCUGGGUAGUGAAGCUGGAUUUUACUGCAAUUGUGGUGUUUGCUAUGGUGCAUGUGUUUCAUACUAUGGCAUGUGCAGAGCUGGAGACCGUCAGGCUAAGCAUUUCGCAGAGUAUUGGUUAAUGGUUUCUAGAGUUGGCCAUCAUGGCUUGGAUAGAGCAUUGAUGUUUUUUGAUGGAUUAUGGAUAGAACCUGUUAUGUGUGAUGUUAGUCAUAUAUUUCUGUAUGGCAUGUAUACUUGCAUUCCAAGCAGUAUUACCAUGGAGGUAAAGACACAUAGUUCAAUACACUUAUUGAGGAAAUGUUUCACAGUCCUAGGACUGAAGAAGUCACUUGUGGCAAAACAUUUCCUCAAUGAAUAUCUUGAACCGUGCAUAUGUUUCUUUAUCACAUGAUGUCAGUAUCGCCAUACCUUUCCAGUCAUUACCCUGGAGGACGUACUGGGUUGGAAUAUCAGAUUUAUAGUGAUACAGAAAGUAAUUUAUCAUGCAGUAUACUGUACUCCUGCUUAAGUAUUCACAGAUUUCUUCCCUGGUUAAGUAGAGCACUGUCUUAGCAACUGAUUAGAGAGUAGUGUUUUACUACCAUCCUGGUAUAUGUAAGAGUGUAGUGUGAGAGUAGUUUUGUAUAAAGUAUGUGAUUUUUUGACUUCCUGGAUCCCUUGUAUUUCAGCCUGAUGUUAAAGUUAGCAUUAGCAUGUAAAUUUUAUUGGCAGUGUUUGAAUGUCAACUUAUAGGAGCAGUACAAGGUUGUAUGAGCCUCUGCUGUCAUCUACUGCGAUGUGACUUUGAGUGUAUUAUUUGAUUUAUAAAGGUACACCUGUAUCUGGAGUUUACCUGGAGAGAGUUCCGGGGGUCAACGCCCCCGCGGCCCGGUCUGUGACCAGGCCUCCUGCUGGAUCAGAGCCUGAUCAACCAGGCUGUUACUACUGGCUGCACACAGACCAACGUACGAGCCACAGCCCGGCUGGUCAGGUACCGACUUUAGGUGCUUGUCCAGUGCCAGCUUGAAGACUGCCAGGGAUCUGUUGGUAAUCCCUGUCGGCUACUGCGAUGUGACGAGUGUAUUAUUUGAUUUAUAAAGGUACAUCUGUAAUGGGGAUUUUCUUUCUUUUUUGGUCACCUUGCCUUGGUGGGAGACAGCCGACUUGUUAAAAAAAAAAAAAACUGUAAUGGAUAAGCAACACCUUUGAUUCAUAUGACCCACGUCAUUAUAAGAAAAUUUGUAAGAAUUUUUCAUGGGACAUUUUUUUAUUUGUGGGGGAACAAUUAGAUGUCAACUGACAGUAUAUUUUUGUUCUGUAUUGUGAUAUUUAAGGGCCCAUCUCCCAUGGUGUGUAUCAUACUUUUCUUAAUUAAAAAACUUUACAUAAUUUUAGUUAAGUAAGUAGCAUAAGUAAAUUGAAAAGAAUGAUCCUAAAUAUGGCAUUGCAAUACUUGAAUGUGGUUUGAUUUUUUCUGGUAGUAUUUUGGAAAUGUUAGACUAAGAUUUUAAGUACAGUAUAGCACAUUUACAGUACAGUAAUGAUAAUCACGUAAAUUUUAAAAACUAAGUAGUAGAAUAAAACGUAUCUUAAUUGUAGCUGUAAUAUUAAAAUUAGAAAGUAAAAGGUAAACUUAAGGAUAAUCUUAACUGCAUAUAAGAUACAAUAUAUUUCUGCAGUUGGACCACAAUGAAAGUUAACAAAUUCCAAACACUUUCAUGAUAUGUCAGUCAUUCUCAAUGCUUAAGAAUUAGUAGAAGUUUAUGGGUUGGCCAAACCAGGCACCCCUGAAAAGAUGCCUAAGAGCUAACAGAAUCAGGUCAGGUCAAGUGUGACUUGUUCUGCCGACAUAUCGUAAAACUUCCGCACACUGUAUUAAUAAUGAAUACAUCUAACGUAUGUAGUCCUUGAUUUAUAAGCUGGACGUAUUCAUUACUAAUAAAUUGUAUGAAAGGUUUAUUCUGUAUUAACAUCAUCACUAAUUCAACUGAUAACUAUUUGACUUGUCACUGCUUUUCUGUAUACAGUAUCUUUUUUGUCAUAGGAACUUGAUCACUUCUAACAUAUACGUACAGGAAUGAGAUCAACAAUAUAUACUGUAUAAAUGAGAGUGAAUUGUAAAACUUGGGUGACAACCUAACAAAAUGUACAUAGUUCAGGUGAGUGUGGAAAUGGCAUCAGGUAGAGCUCUUCUCCAGGUGCAUACGCACUUAUGCACUUGAUGGCUGUGUCAUGAGGUGGGUUUGGCUUAAUUUAGUCAAGUAUGAGGUGUGCCAGUGUUAACAAUAUGUUAGAGCUUCCAGCAUUUUAAUAAACAGUGUAAGUGACAGCAAUGAAUGAAACUUCCAGGCUUUUUCACCAUCUGAAGUUGGGUGUUCUACCCCUUUUCAAUUCAUCACAGAGUUAUGUGUGUGACAUGGGUGGUGUUCAGGUCAUCCCUAUUGCAGGUGUACUUGUGUUGACUCACAUAGAUAGACUCCUGCAUGUUUUCCUGACAUACUUUUUGGUACACUAUCCACAAGGGAUGGAGUAGAGACACCUGCUGUUGAAAUAAGGGGGUGUAGACUAUACUCUUACUAAGGUCCUUGUACACUGUCUUUGUGGACUCUGUGUCUAGAAAUAUGUAGGGGAGACAGUCAGGAGUCUAUGUCCACCUGAAUGAACUUAACUAUGCCUGCAACAGGGGCAACCUGUGUCUUACACAGGAAUUCCAUGAAACACAUGAUCAAUUGGAAAGAGUUGCAACUUGUCAUCAUAAAACCCUGACUUUAGGUAUCAACAAUAUAAACCUCAUUAAUUGCUGUCACUGACAAAGUGGGUCAAAACUCCAGAAACUAACAUAUCAAAAACACUGGCAUACCUGAGCUCGACCAAGGUCACCUCAUGACACAGCCAUCAGGUGAUCUCAUGGGCUACCUGAUGCCAUCUCUGUACUAGUAUGCCUCACUUUUUCUCUGUCUAGAUAUACUGUUAUUCUCAACCCUGAGUAUGUUAUAAGUGAUCAAGGUUCCAGGACCAAAAUGUUUUGCCAAGAACUGUCCUAGUGUUUCCACCAGGCCUGGUGGCUAAAGCUCCCGCUUCACACACGGAGGGCCCGGGUUCGAUUCCCGGCGGGUGGAAACAUUCGACACGUUUCCUUACACCUGUUGUCCUGUUCACCUAGCAGCAAAUAGGUACCUGGGUGUUAGUCGACUGGUGUGGGUCGCAUCCUGGGGGACAAGAUUAAGGACCCCAAUGGAAAUAAGUUAGACAGUCCUCGAUGACGCACUGACUUUCUUGGGUUAUCCUGGGUGGCUAACCCUCCGGGGUUAAAAAUCCGAACGAAAUCUUAUCUUAUCUUAUCUUAUCUUAUCUUGUCAACAUCUACACCAAAGCUUUACCAUGUUAUAGUGCUUGCGGGAUUUGCUUUCCUCCUCAUCUGUUUAUCAACUUGGCUUGCUCCUCAGUUUCUCUUUGGUGAGACCCUCAUUAUAAGACUAAUAACUGCUCAUCAUCCUCAUUGACCUUAUCAAAUUCAUUGCACCUAGGAAAGGCCAUGAUCUUCCUCUGUACAUCUAGGGGUGCUUCCUGAAAUCCAUGAAAAUUUCUCCCAUGCCUUCUUUGUUGUAGCAACCAUGAAUUCAUGUUUAUAAAAAUUUAGCAUUUUUUUUUUGAAUGACAUAGGUGAUGUUAGGUGUUCAGUAUUUCUUGAUUGCUGGCUUAUCCUCUCCCUCAGUGUCAAUAAAUUUGGAGGUUGUCAUUACAUCAUGAGACUUUAAUAACUUAAUACAUUGGCUGAAUUAAGGAUGAAGUAUUUUGUGGAAGAGAUACAACCCUGAUGUAUUUGGAAGCAUUUAGUGGUAUGGGAGUGCAUAAAAUGGUAAUACAUAUAUACUGACGCCGAUUAUGACAGUGUGUGGAUAUCGUAUUUUAUUAAACCACAAUUUGUUUGCCAGGAACUUUUAUCAAUUCAUGAAUUGAUGAAAGUCCCAGGCAGGCAAAAAGUCUUAAAAUAAAAUACUGUAAUCUGCACAUUGUAUCAUUAUCAUGUUUAGGAUGCAUACUUGCAUUAAUAAUGAGUCACUGCCAUUGAGCAAAAUACACAGUGGUGUGAAGCUGGGACAAGAAGCAAAGCUGUAGUCUUUCUUCUUUCACAUGGUUUCUAAUACAUCAAAACAAUAACAAAGCUGAACUACUUUUAGUGUGUUUCAUUAGUAUGUCCCAUGAGCACCACAGUUUCCCAUAUCUCUUGAUGCAAACAGCUACAAGAAGUUGCUUGAGGCCACUGACUGGGUAUAGUAUGCAGUUUUGCAAGCACUUGUGUAAUAAUCAUUCUUUGUAGUUCUUCAAAACUUUUUCACAGGGUGAGUACUAAUAUAUAUAUAAAUAAGCACAAGUAUAUAUUUUUUUUUUAAACAAACUGGCCAUAUCCUACCAGGGAGGGGUGACCCAAAGAGAAAAGCUAAGUAUACUACAUCUAUGGAAGAGAGAGAAUGGAACAUAGUAAUAUGACUUGGAGAACGUAUAAAUCUGUAGGGGAAGGAAGGCUGGGUAGGGGUUGUCCUCAAAAAGGUUGGAGGGGGGUAAAGGAGGUUUUGUAGGCAAUGGGCUUGGAUUUCCAGCAAGUGUGCAUGAGCAUGUUAGAUAGGAGUGAAUGGAGACAAGUGGUUUUUGGGACCUGAUGAGCUGUUGGAGUGUGAGCAGGGUAAUAUUUUGUGAAGGGAUUUAGGGAAACCGGUUAGCUGGACUUGAGUCCUGGAAAUGGAAAGUACAAUGCCUACACUUUAAAGGAGGGGUUUGGGAUAUUGGCAGUUUGGAGUGACUCUAAACUGUCAUAUCUGGGUGCCUCUGUAAAGACAGUGAUUAUGUAUGAGUGAUGGUGAAAGUGUUGAAUAAUAAUGAAAAUGUUUUUUUUUUUCUCGGGGGGGGGGGGGGGUUCUUUUGGGUCACCCUGCCUUGGUGGGAAACGGCCGUGUUAAAAAUGUAGAAGCUUUGCCAUAGUAAUGUUUGUUGUGCACUAUAAUUCAGUAACAUUGGUAGCUUCCCUAGUUUUAAUCAUAGCUGUUAUUGCUCAUAUUGAAAAUAAGCAUGAUGCUGUGGUGGGUCACGAAAGUGCAAUUAAGUAUAUACUGUAAUCAUUAAAAUUUUUAUCGUUUGUUUUUCUUUACCAGUAGGAUUUUCUUUUGAUUAUGGAAAUAUGGGACCCAGCAUUCAUAUUUCCUGUAGUAGGUAAAUAAACCCUAAUAGAACUCAGAUUUAGUUUUGGAAAUCAUGUUAUGAAAACUUAACAGUUGGAAGGUUGUAUGAUUCUCAGAAAUAUGUCUUAGUUCCUUGUUUAUGGGUUUGGAUGAGAAUUUUGUAAAUCAGCAAUGUCGGUGACCCAGCUGAACCUUCCUAUGUGACUAUUAUAUUAAGGAAAAUAUGUUAUGAAGAGCACUAAGCUUGGAUGUGUGCGGAUUAAUUACAUUGAUAUAAUAAUCACUAAGAAGGGUUUAAAGUUAGGUCUGACAUAUUUUACCUAUAUGGAUUUAGUGUGAUUUUUAUAAAUGAAAUAAUAUUAACCAAGCAUCUUUUGUGAUCCCCGACUUGUCUUAUUUGCCGAGACUUGACAUCUCUCACUUUCAUUCCAGAGAGAUCUAAAUUAAAAAAAACUGUAACUGAAUUAAAAAUAUGCGAUGAUCUUUCAUAACAGUACAAACAGACUAAUGUCCAAAGGAAUAAUAUGAAAAGCCUUUGGACAUUACAUAAUCUGUUUGUACUGUUAUGAAAGAUCAUUGCAUUUUUUAAUUCAGAUACAGUUUUUUACUGUUGAAGUUUAAAGUUAAAUAUUUUUCAUUAGAGGAAAGCCUCGUUCAAUAAUAAUUAUACAUUGCUGAAUCCGACCAUUUUUAGCGAGACAUUGUUGAAUGAGGACCAUUGUUGCAUGGAAUAAAUGACACUAUAAAAUAAAGCUUGUUCCACUAAAAAAAAGCCGUAAAUGUGCAGUACAUGUACAUAUACUCAUGAAAUAUAACUCCUUCCCUUUUCCAGGCACUGUAUGACCCCUACAGGUUUAGGGUUUCACCACAAUCAUUAAAUACAGAUAAAAUUGCUGUAUGUUAUGACUAAGAUAAUGUGGUGGCUAUUGGUGUAUAAUGCACAGUGGUUUACCAAUUAUGUUGGUAUACAGUACAUUCCUCCAGUCUGCCUAACAGUGCAAAAUAACAUAACCUAAUUUAAUUUACAUAAAUACUUGUGUGUACCUCACGUUACUUCCAGCAAAGUGGAAUGUGACGUGUUUGCUUUGUUCAAAAAUUUUAUGCAAAAUGAGGGAGGAUGAUCAGUGCAUGUAUUGCCCUAACAAUAAUAUUGAGUAUGUCUUAACAAUUAACGUAUCAUGUACUACAUAAUAAUACUAGUUUUUACGGUCAACACAGUCUGUAUUACACAAUAAUACUAAAGUGUCUUAACAUGUAACACAGUCUGUAAUACACAAUAAUACAGGGUCUUAACAUUAACAUAGCCUCUACGGACCAAUAAUACAUUUGAGUCUUUAACAGUUAGCACAGCCCAUACUACAUAAUGAUAGUAAAAGGUAAGGUGGCCAGUAGCUCAGUGGUUAGAGCAUGCAACUCGCAACCAAAUGAACCAGAGUUUGAUUCUCUGGCUGGGCGAGAUGUAUGGGUAAAUCUCCUUACAUGAGCUCCCCUGUUCACUUAGCAGUAAAAGAUACCUGGGUGUUAAUCGAUUCUUGUGGAUCACAUUCAAGGGAGUGGUAUAUAUCUUAGAAAGGGUUGAACUUUCAAAUGAGCUUAGGUAGAGUAACAGCUCUCAGCCUAAAAAAAAAAAUUAACAUGCUUUGCUUGUAGAAACAAUGUAAAUGCCUCGUUCUAAGAUUUGUGUCAGCUGAUGGGUUGGGUUACAUAAUGUCACUUGUUCGAUGAGGCAGUGUUCAACGAGUCUUUCCUGAAAUGUAUUUAAUGUUAAUUUAUCAUAAGAAACAAAUGUGGAAGUGGCAAGAAGCAUCAGCAUCAGAUAAGCUAUGAUUGUACUCGGGACUCUACUGCUUUGAGCUUAAUAAAUGUUUUUGCCAAGAUCUUAA